AUGUUUCGCAAAAUUGCUUCUGUAGCGCCCCGCAAAGCUUUCUCUGCCAGAGCUCCAAUCAUUACCAUUCGACAUAUAUCUACCACAAGUUGUAGGAUGUCUGCAUUGAAAGCUCUCAAUGACCCAAUAUCGAGACCAUUGGCAUCGGAUUCAUUUCAGCUUGUACCAGAAUCGCAGAAGGCCGGAGCCGCCGAGGAUGAAUUAUACGAACAACAGAUAAAGGAGGUGGAAACAUGGUGGAAUAGUCCAAGAUAUGUAGGAAUCAAGAGACCAUAUUCUGCGGCAGAUGUGGUAUCGAAACGAGGAAGCCAACAACAAUCAUACCCAAGUUCAGUUAUGGCUAGGAAGUUAUUCAAUUUAAUAAAGGAGAGGGAGGCAAAGGGGGAGCCAAUACAUACAAUGGGUGCUAUUGAUCCUGUACAAAUGACUCAACAAGCUGCGAAUCAGGAAGUCUUGUACAUAUCUGGCUGGGCUUGUUCCUCUGUGCUCACAAGCACAAAUGAAGUAUCCCCGGAUUUCGGCGAUUAUCCUUACAACACAGUACCAAAUCAAGUCCAAAGACUGUCAAAGGCGCAAUCAAUGCAUGAUCGAAAACAAUGGGAUGCGCGGAGGAAAUUGAGUAAGGAAGACAGGGCAAAGACACCGUAUACCGACUAUCUAAGGCCCAUUAUCGCGGAUGGAGACACGGGGCACGGAGGACUUUCUGCUGUAUUGAAGCUUGCCAAACUAUUUGCAGAGAACGGCGCUGCAGCUGUGCACUUUGAGGAUCAAAUGCAUGGUGGGAAAAAAUGCGGACAUCUUGCUGGCAAGGUUCUUGUGCCCGUGGGUGAGCACAUCAAUCGCUUGGUGGCUGCUAGAUUUCAAUGGGAUGUUAUGGGAUCGGAAAAUCUAGUCAUAGCUCGAACAGACUCCGAGAGCGGCAAACUUCUUAGUAGUGCCAUCGAUGUCCGGGAUCAUGAGUUUAUUAAAGGCGUCGCAGAAGACGGUAUCGAACCUUUAGCAGAGACCCUGCAAGCCAUGGAUUUGUCUGGAGCUACAGGCGCCGAAAUUGAUAUAUUUGAAGCAGAGUGGGUUAAGAAGACAAAACUCAUGACAUGUGAUGAAGCUGUUGUAAAGCAAUUCAAGGAUCAAGGCUUUUACCAUUACAAGGCUGGAAUGGAAGCCGCCACCAAACGAGCUAUUCAGUAUGCACCAUACGCUGACCUUCUAUGGGUGGAAACGGGAGAUCCAAACGUUAAGAACGCCGCACAAUUUUCGGCCGAAAUUCGAGCCAAAUACCCAGGUAAAGGACUUGUCUACAAUCUCUCUCCUUCAUUUAACUGGAUGGGUCAUGGUUUCAGUGACGAAACCUUGAAAUCCUUCAUUUGGGAUAUUGCAAAACAUGGAUUCGUUCUACAAUUGAUUUCACUUGCCGGGCUUCAUUCUACUGCAACUGUCACCAAUGAACUAUCAAAGGCAUUCAAAGAUGAUGGUAUGCUAGCAUACGUCAACCUUAUCCAGAGAAGGGAGAAGGAUCUAGGAGUGGAUGUAUUGACGCAUCAGAAAUGGAGCGGUGCAUCAUACAUCGAUGGUAUACUAGGCGCUAUUCAAAGUGGUAGUAGCAGUAGUAAGAGUAUGGGCGACGGCAAUACUGAAGGACAAUUUGGAGUGUAG